UUAUUUCACACAACACGGCAGCUGUUGGGUUAGGACUGUCUUGAGCAGAGAGAGUCACAGAGAGAGGGAGAGAGAGAGAGAGAGACGGUGUGUGAGCUAGCAGGAGCAGCCUUUGGGUAAUCUACUCAAUCUGGGUCACUUGGAUAAACAGGUCGAGGUUUCUCUCCUUUUUUUCCCCCCAUUCCUUUUAUUUUUCCACCCGGUGCAAACAAUAAUAAAUACAGCAAGUCUUAUACCCAUAGAAGAGGACUGAGGAAUAGGGAAUCUGUUUUUUGAGCGAGCACAAAUUCGUCUGUCGUGCGGAGCUGAUGCAGUGAUUUAUAAAGAGCGGACAGCCCUGGUUGACGCAGUGAAGUGGUCCUUGAGGAUUUCGAGAGCAAGGUUUGCUGGCCAUGGGGAACCUCAUUAAGGUCCUUGGCAAGGAUUUAGAAAACUGUCCUCAUUUUUUCCUGGACUUCGAAAAUGCCCAGCCGACUGAGGCAGAGACUGCAGUGUGGAACCAGGUGAACGCCGUGCUGGAGGUGGCUCAUGGGAUACUGGCGGAGCUGCAGUCCUAUAAUGGGGCAGGGCAGGAGAUACGAGAGGCCAUUCAGAACCCCUGUGACCUUCAGCUGCAAGAACAGGCCUGGAAUGCAGUCUGUCCCCUAGUGGCCAAACUGAAGCGCUUCUACGAGUUCUCUCUGAGACUGGAGAACGCCUUGCGCAGCCUGCUGGAGGCGCUCACGAGCCCCCCCUAUGCCCCGAUGCAGCACCUGGAGAGAGAGCAGGCCCUGGCCAAGCAGUUCGCUGAGAUCCUGCACUUCACACUCAGCUUUGACGAGCUCAAGAUGACAAACCCGGCCAUUCAGAAUGAUUUCAGCUACUAUAGAAGAACCCUGAGCAGGAAUCGGCUAAACAACCUACAGCAUGACGCUGAGAACGAGGUCAACAACGAGAUGGCCAAUCGGAUGUCUCUGUUCUACGCGGAGGCCACGCCCAUGCUGAAAACCUUGAGCAACGCCACCACCAAAUUUGUGUCCGAGAACAAGACUCUGCCCAUUGAAGACACAACAGACUGCCUGAGCACCAUGGCCUGUGUGUGCCGGGUCAUGCUGGAAACACCAGAGUACCGGUGUCGGUUCACUAACACAGACACCAUGCUGUUCUGCAUGCGGGUGAUGGUGGGAGUCAUCAUCCUGUACGACCAUGUGCACCCUGUCGGGGCCUUCGCUAAGACCUCCAAGAUCGACAUGAAAGGCUGCAUCAAAGUGUUAAAAGAGCAGCCUUCAAACAGUGUAGAAGGGCUGCUGAAUGCUUUGAGGUACACCACGAGGCAUCUAAAUGAUGACAGCACCUCCAAGCAGAUCCGAGCCAUGCUGCAGUGAGUGGGACAGAGACGGGGGGAGGAGGGGUCCCUGGGAGAGGCUUGGAGACGAGCAGCAGGGUGGGGCCAUCUCCACUGCGAAACCUCAGAGACGUGUUUGUUUACAUAAAUUAAUGCAAAACAAUUUUAAUGUUAAUAAUAACCCCCCCCCCCCCCAAAAAAAAAAAAAAUCAUCUCUGUGUCUUGUUUUGUAAGAAAAAAACUAAAUAUGAACAAAAAGAAAAAAAAAGAUAUAUAAAAGUUUAAGCUUUAAAAAAAAAAAAAAAAAUCCAUAUAUUUGAUUCCGCAUCAGUACAAUGUAAUGCUGGAG